AUGCCUCUUGUCUUCAUCUUCUGUCAAAUUCAAUCGGCAACAAGUAAGGGUAACGAUUAUAAAUUGAAUGAUAUUGAUAUUGGUGAUGAUCUUUAUGAAACAUUACCUAUUCAACAUCAUCGUCUUCAUCGUCAAGAUUUUCGACGAGCUUCAUUACGUUAUCAUCCCAAUGUUUUAUAUAAAAAAGCCAGUCUUCGACCAAUUAUUGGUCAAAAUGGAAAACUUAUAUUUACCAAACGAGAUCGAAUUCGACGUUAUUUAUCACCAUUGAUCAAUGAAGAUUAA